AUGUUGUGCGCAUUGUCUGGCGAAGCUCCCCAGGAGCCUGUUGUCUCGAAGCUUUCAGGAAGCGUUUUCGAGAAGCGACUGAUUGAGAAGUACAUUGAGGAAAAUGGAAAGGACCCUGUGACUGGCCAGGAUCUCACCCUCGAUGAUCUCCUGCCCAUCAAGACUGCGCGCGUCGUUCGACCUCGACCCCCGACUCUCACCUCCAUACCCGCUCUUCUCUCUACCUUCCAAAACGAAUGGGAUGCAUUGGCGCUAGAGACAUUCAAUAUCCGGGAGCAAUUGACGCGAACGAGAGAGGAACUCGCCACUGCGCUGUACCAGCACGAUGCCGCCGUCAGAGUCAUUGCUCGAUUGACACAGGAGAGGGACGAGGCACGAGAUGCCUUGUCAAAGGUUACCGUUUCUGGAACAGGCGCAAGCAAUGGCGAUGCCAUGGCUGUCGACGCCGAGGCACUGCCAGUAGAGUUGGUAGCCAAGGUUGAAGAGACCCAGGCCAAGCUUUCCAAGAGCCGCAAGAAGCGCCCUGUACCCGAGGGCUGGGCCACCACCGAGGAUGUUUCGUCGUUUGCCGUCACAACUGAGAACUCGUCGGAAAUCGAACAACCCACAGCCCUUUCGGUGGAGGAAGACUAUGCUGCUAUCGGAGGCCCGGGCGGCAACGUGGCUAUCUAUUCGAUCGAGGCAGACAAGGUGGAAAGAUCAUUAGCAGUCGGCGAACCAGUGACAGAUUCUAUUUGGAAGGGCUCCAGAGUCGUCUUCGCGACAGCAAAGGGCUCGGUCAAGGUGUACGAGAACGGCAGCGAGGUGGUGUCCUUCUCUGACCAUGCUGGUCCUGCCACAGGCCUGGCAAUGCACCCAUCGGGCGAAAUCCUGGCAUCCGUUGGCUCGGAUAAGAGCUUUGUCUUUUAUGAUCUGGUGGGAUUGAAGCGUGCGACUCGCGUCUUCACCAACUCAUCACUCACCACGUGUGCCUUCCACCCUGAUGGUCACCUUUUUGCAGUGGGUACCGUUGCCGGAGAUAUCACAUUUUUCAUGACGGCUACUGGCGAGCAAGCAACUUCUUUCUCGCUGGGCGCCCCUGUGCAAAGCAUAGUGUUCUCGGAGAACGGCUUCUGGUUUGCCGCCACUGCCAAGGGCCAAACAACAGUCACAAUCUUUGAUAUUCGGAAAGAGGGUGAUGCUGCGAAGGUCAAGGUGUUGGAGGUUGGAGGCACUGUACAGGAUCUGGCUUGGGAUUACAGCCAACAAUUCCUGGCCACGGCUGGCCCUGCUGGAAUUACGGUGCAGCAGUACACCAAGAGCAGCAAGAAGUGGACGGAGCUGGCCAGGAAAGACUUUGCUGCUACGCAGGUCGCAUGGGGCCGAGACGCAAAGCAGCUGAUCGCCGUUGGACAGGACGGCCGCAUCGGAGUUCUGGCAGCAGUGGCCGAAUAG